CGUGUCUGUUGUCAGAGGUCAUGUGACAAUCUGAAUAAUUUCUCUAUAAAGUCAUCUGUCAGGACAAGCACUGGCUCUCUCCCAGCGUUUUCAACAGAAGCGUAAUAACUGGCUCGGUCUGGCUGUGUUACUUGAAUCAUGGCAGACCAGGCUUUUGUCACACUUGCUACAACUGACAGCUAUGCUAAGGGAGCAAUGGUACUUGGCAUGUCCUUGAGGAACCACAACACAUCCAGAAAACUUGUGGCCAUGAUUGGCCCCCAUGUCUCCGAACCCUGCAGAGCAGUGCUUCAUAAAAUAUAUGAUGAGGUCAGGCUGGUGGACAUACUGGACAGUGGGGACACGGCACACUUGGCCAUGAUGAAGAGACCCGACCUGGGUGUCACUUUCACCAAGCUCCACUGCUGGACACUUACGCAGUACUCUAAAUGCGUGUUUAUGGAUGCAGACACUUUAGUUUUGUAUAAUAUAGAUGAAUUAUUUGAGAGAGAGGAGUUCUCUGCUGCACCAGAUCCCGGCUGGCCUGAUUGCUUCAAUUCUGGUGUAUUUGUGUUUCGGCCCUCCAAUGAGACGUAUGGGAAGCUUCUCACCACCUGCUCUGAGGAUGGCAGCUUUGAUGGUGGGGAUCAGGGAGUUCUCAACAGCUUCUUCAGUGAUUGGGCAACAGCAGACAUUUCAAAACAUCUUCCUUUCAUUUACAAUCUCAGCAGCAUCGCCAUCUACACCUAUCUCCCAGCAUUCAAACAAUAUGGCCAUGCUGCCAAGGUAGUUCAUUUCCUUGGCAAAGUCAAACCCUGGGAUUAUAGUUAUGACACCACUUGCAAAACCAUAAAAGGACAGUCCCAGGAUGCUUCUGACAUGCACCCCAACUACUUGCUUAAAUGGUGGGAGCUUUUCUCUUCUUCAGUACUCCCCCUCAUGAAAGAAGAGUAUGGUGAUCAGCCCUUCAAUUCCGGAUGCAUGGAGAGUCCUAUUCAUGAGGUUGCUAAGAAACCCCACCAUCCCCCUCCAACUCAGAUGUCAUCACAGGAGCGGAAACAGAAGUGGGAACAGGGCCAAGCUGACUACAUGGGACAGGACUCCUUUGAAAACAUAGAGAAAAAGCUUGAUUCCUUCCUAAAGUGAGAGAUGCCUUGGAAUGCAUCAGAUAUAGUUUUGUACUGGGGUAUGUAUAGGGCAUGAAAUAAGGCACUUGAAGGGAUAGUUCACCCAAAAUAAAAAUGUUGUUAAGUCAACCCCAUGUUGUUCCAAACCCCUAUUACUUCCUUGCAUGGAAUACAGAAGCAGUAUGUUGGUCUGUCACCAUUCACGGUCAUUGCAUGGUUUUUGUUUUUCAUACAAUGGAAGUGAAUGGAGACUGAUGCUAACAUUCUGCCUAACAUCUUUUGUGUUCCAUGGAAGAAAGUCAUAUGGGUUUGGAACAAAAGUUAGUGAAUUUAUUUUGGGUGACCUAACCUUUUAUAUACUUAACAUCCUCUUUUUAUACCAGUUCAAAUAUUCUAUGCAGCUCGACCAUUCAACAUCUUUCACACACAGCGUUUGCAACAGUUACUUGAAUUACACAAUAUUUAACUUGUGUUUCUUCCACUUGCCAUAUUUCCUGAGGUGAUGACACCAUGAAGGCAAUUUGUCAUUGAACAAGAUACCACAGUUUACCAUUUUUAUUUAUUUAAAAUACUGUAAUUUAAAUGUUAUGGUCCUAGAAAUUUCAGACUUUUCUGUUUAAUUGGCAUUUUUGUAUGUUGAUGAGAUCAAGAACAUUAGGAAACCUCAUACAGCAAAAAGCCACACCAAAACAAUGUCUUUUUACAUCCCAAGUAUACUGCAGCCACUCCACACUGAAUAUUAAUCCUCUAAUGCCCAUCUUAUGUUUACAAGACACUAUGUAUGCCGCUCUUUCCCAUUAAUGGCUCUGAUACACAUCAGUAACUCUUAUUGUGGGAACCAAGGUCACUCCACUCUGUUGUUUACUGGCCAAUCACUCCCAGUACAAAGGUUAAGGCUACACUUGGUUUCAACUUGUACUAGAGCUAAUAGUGUAACUACUACUAAUGUCUCUAACUUUGCUGUAACCCACCCCCCUCAACAUCUGAAAUAAAGAAUUGUGAAUUCA